AAAGCAAAUUAAAAACUUAGUCGCCGCACAGAUAUUUUGCUGAACAAUCGACUAUCAUUGAACAAUACACUUUUGUUACAAAAUGGCAGAAAUCGAGGUGGAACGGGCAUCAGGAAGCGCCGAUGGAGCUGGUGACAGCAUGGAUUCAACAGAAUCUGGGAUGAAUGGAGAUAUUUUGAACCACAUUGAUCAGAACAAGCAGAACGGCUACCCAGAGAGUGGUAGCGAAGGACAAGCAACUGAAGAGUCCAGUAAAUCAAAGGAACAUCGGGACAAAGACAGAGAAAGGGAGAAGUCAAAGCAUAGUUCCAGUUCAGACAAACACAAGUCAAGCUCCUCAAGUAGUUCAGACAAACACAAGCAUGGUUCGAGCUCCAGUAGCUCAAAGCAUCAUUCCUCAUCAUCGAGCUCAAGCAAGCAUAGAGACGGUCAUUCCAGUAGUAGCUCUCACAAACACAGCAGUUCGAGCUCGAGCUCAAAACACAGAGAUGGCCACAGUUCGAGCAAAGAUAAACACAGCUCAAGUAGCAGUCAUAGCAGUAGUAAGGACAAAGAUAGGCAUAGUUCCUCAGAUAAGGGCAAGCAUAGCUCGACCUCAAGCAGUAAACACUCGUCAACGUCGUCCUCAGACAAACAUCGGGACAAAGAUCGAGAACAUAAAAGCAAGCAUAGCUCAAGCAAAGAUAGCAGCUCUAAACAUAGUAGUUCUGAUUCAAAAAGCAAGAAAGAAAAUGUUGACGUUGAUAAAGAAAAAGAGCGUCAAGAGCGUAAAGAAAGAGAAAGACGUGAGCGCAAAGAGAGAGAGCGUCAGGAAAGGAAAGAAAAAGAAAGGCAGGAAAGGAAAGAAAGAGAACGUGAAGAAGAAGCACAGAAAAAAUCAGAAGAAGCUGCCGUGAAAAGUGAACCCAUGUCACCUGUGAAGAGAGAAUCCCAUUCUCCAACAAAGACCAGCCCGGCUAAAGCAGUAAAGGAUGAACCAGACAGUGAUGAGGAUGAUGUACCAUUAUCUGUGAGACUAAAACAAGAGCAAAUUGAAAAACCAGUGAAGCGGGAAAGAGAGGAGUCUGAAGAUGACGAUGAUGUUCCUCUCUCAGCAAGGAUGGAACAGGUGAAGAAGGUAAAAAAAGAAAAGAAAGAAUCGCCACCGUCAGGUAAAAAACGUAAAGCUGAUCAAGAUUCUGAUGAUGAAAAACCACUGAAAAAGAAGAAAAAGGCCAAGCAGCAGCCAGUAAAACAAGAAACUACGACAUCGCCGAAAAAGAAAGGGAAGGGAGCACAGGAGACACAGGAAGUAUGGAAGUGGUGGGAGGAAGAGAAAGGCGACAGUGAUGAGAAAUGGAGAUUCCUUGAGCAUCAAGGGCCAGUGUUUGCACCUCUGUACGAGCGUAUACCGAAGGAUGUCAAGUUUUACUAUAAUGGUGAAACUAUGUUACUGUCAGAGGAAGCUGAAGAGGUUGCUACAUUCUAUGCUAAGAUGUUGGAACAUGACUACACAUCCAAGGAGGUCUUUAACAAAAACUUCUUUAAGGAUUGGAGGAAGGUAAUGACCACAGAAGAACGUGAAAAGAUCACUGAUUUGAAGAAGUGUAAUUUCCGAGAGAUGUGUGAAUUUUUCAAGGAGGAAUCUGAAAAGAGGAAAAAUAGAAGCAAAGAAGAAAAACUGAAAUUGAAAGAGGAGAAUGCACGUUUGCAAGAGGAGUAUGGGUUUUGUAUCAUGGAUGGGCAUAAAGAAAAGAUUGGAAACUUCAGGAUUGAACCUCCAGGAUUAUUCCGAGGCCGAGGCGACCACCCAAAACAAGGAAUGCUCAAGAGAAGAGUUCAGCCAGAGGAUGUUAUCAUCAACUGCAGCAAGGACUCCAAAGUUCCUCAACCUCCAAAGGGUCACAAGUGGAAGAAAGUACAGCAUGACAAUAAGGUAACAUGGUUAGCCAGUUGGAAUGAGAACAUUCAGGGCCAGAUUAAGUAUGUCAUGUUGAACGCCUCAUCGAGAUUGAAGGGAGAGAAGGACUGGCAGAAAUACGAGACAGCUCGGCGACUACACAAGUGUGUCGACAAGAUUCGAGCCAACUACCAGGAAGACUGGAAGUCAAAAGAGAUGAGAAUCCGACAGAGAGCUGUUGCAAUGUACUUCAUUGAUAAACUUGCACUGAGAGCUGGUAACGAAAAGGAAGAAGGUGAGACUGCGGACACCGUCGGUUGUUGUUCCCUCCGUGUAGAACACAUUACUCUCCAUUUAGAGAAAGACGGCAAACAAAAUGUAGUGGAGUUUGACUUUCUGGGUAAAGAUUCUAUACGAUACCAGAAUGCCGUUCCAGUAGAGAAACGGGUCUUCAAAAAUCUUCAAAUGUUUAUGGACAAUAAACAGCCUGGUGAUGAUCUGUUUGAUCGACUUAAUACGGGCAUCUUGAACAAACAUUUACAUGACCUCAUGGACGGUCUGACAGCCAAGGUGUUCCGUACCUACAAUGCCUCCAAAACUUUACAAGAACAGCUUGAUCUCAUGACAAAUGAGGAGGACCCUGUACCUGCGAAGAUGUUGUCCUAUAACCGAGCGAAUCGUGCCGUGGCUAUCCUGUGUAACCAUCAACGUGCAGCUCCGAAAAAUUUCAGUAAACAGAUGGAAAAUAUCAUGGCAAAGAUUAAAGACAAGAGGGCCGUAGUGAAGGAAGCUAAGAAAGCUUUGAAAGAAGCUAAAGCAGCCUUUAAAGCACAGAAAAACCAAAAGAAUAAAAUGUUGUAUGAGAAGAAAAAAAAAGCUUAUGAGAGGUCAGAAGAACAGUUGACAAAACUGGAGGUGCAGGCGACGGACAAGGAUGAGAACAAAGAAAUAGCUCUGGGAACCUCCAAACUUAAUUAUUUAGAUCCUAGAAUCUCCGUAGCAUGGUGUAAAAAGUGGGAGGUACCAAUAGAGAAAGUUUACAACAAAACUCAGAGAGACAAAUUCCGUUGGGCUAUAGACAUGGCAGGUGCAGACUUCCGAUUUUAACGCUAGUGCAUGCUUAGGGAUUCCUCAUUUACUCAUUACGUGUAAAUAUCUUCAUAUCUAUACUGUGUCGUGUGAUCGAUACAUUCUCAUGGUGUUUUAAGGAAACAUUGCCUCAUUGUGUUUCCACAACUAAUUUGAUUCAUCUCAUAUUUUAUCAGUUGUUGAAAAGUAAGUGUGUGUUGUUUUAAUCAUGAUGAAAUGAAAUGAACUGUUGAUUUUGUACCGGUUAAUCUCCUAAGUUAUUCAUUAUUUUAUUCAUUUUUUUGGAAAAUCAUUAAGGGAUCAAAUGUUAACAGUUCACUGGUAUGUGGUCUUCAAUAUGUACUCAAUUUGUUCCUCAUCAUGGUGUCAUUUUAUCCUGUUUUAUAAAUAUGUAAAGAGUAUUAAAUUGAGUAACGGAUAUACAGGACUUAAUAAGAUAGGAAUCUUUUAGAUAAUCAGAUGUGUUAAAUUGUUACCAGAGUUCUUUCAUAUUUAAAAUUAUCUCAGACCAAAUUGGUAUUGCCUUCAGAUUCUAAAAUGCUGUGUAUCUUUAACAUUGAUAGUCAAGCUUUAAUCCCACCUUUGCUGGAGUACUUCUCUUUUACACAGAUAGUCGGGCUUUAAAUCCCUGAAGCUUCUCCUUGCUCUUUACUUUCUGAGAUAUCUGUGUCUUCAACACUGUUAGUCAUGCUUUAAGUCCACCAGUGUUUAGUUUCGCUACUUAUAAAUGCAGUAUCGAAGUUGACUGUAGGCAGUACGCCAACAUUACAGUAUACUGACUAAAGGUUAGGGUUAGUUUUAACAUAGGUAUAUGGUAUUUUACUGCCACUAAUAAUAUCAGUACUGCCUUUAGUGCUAACCGUUUAGUUCUGCUGAUGUUAGGUAAGAGUUUAACUUACCAGCUACAGUAAGGGAGCAGGUGUGAGCUAGGAAAUAGUAUCAGCUUCCAUAGCUUCUUUAUUACUCUUCCAUAUUACUGAAAACAGUUUUCUGUUAUUAAUCAAAACAUGGAGUUAAGCUACAAAAAGUGGGAAAGAAAUUAGAAGGGCAGUUUGUUACACAUAUUUUUUGUUUUACUCUAUCUAAUGGUUUGGUACAAUUAUGUCAAGUAGUUUAGUAGGGAUUCUCUGUAAUAUGCUGUCAGUUUUAUAAACUGAUUGUUACUCUACAUUUCUCCAGUAUUACAUCAUGUUUUCAUUAAUCUUUUUUAGAACAACAAAAUCCGUCCUGAGCUUGACAAUGUAUAAUUAUAAUUUAUAAGUUUUAUGCUAAUCGUUCAUUUCUUAGAGGUCUAUAUAAGAGAAGGCUUCUUCCAUAGUCACUGAUUAACAAAAAAUACUGAACCUCUUUUGAAUUUCCUUCUCUGGUAUGCAGAUCUCUUAAAAUCAAACAAAAGUGAACAAAGCUUGACUUGAGUAUAUUCUUAUUUUGUAUCUUUGCUUCCAGUAAGGUUUUCUUAUAGGCUUGCAGUUUCAUUUUCUUGUAAUUUUAAGUAAUUGUUAGGGGCAGUUGUGGUCUAUAAAGCUUGGUAUUUACAGUGAAUAAGUCAUGUGUACAUGAAAAGUUUUGUUGUCAGUUGAUAAUAAUACAUGCCAAUAUAAUGUUAUACAUGUAUGUUCUAAAUAUUACAUGCGAAACUUGUAUGAAUACAAAAAGGCCAUUUGAAUGUUGUAAAAGUUUUAAGAACUUUACACAAAAUGUAUGUUUUUGUGAUAGUAUAAGGCCUUCUUAUCCCUAAUGAAACAAGAUCAUGUUGGAACAUUUGCAGCUAAUAUUUUAUAGGGAUGGGGAAUUGGUAGGUCACUUGUUUUGUAAGAUUGACAAUUACUGUAACACUUGACGGGUCAUUUGACAGGUAAUCUCAGAUAAUUUCAGGAAUUGUAUAGAAUUUGUACAUCCGACAGUUGUGAAUAAACCUUUAAUUUAUAAGAAAACCAGUAUGUAUGCACAAAUGAUGCUAUUUAUUUUGUAACAGUUUAUUUAUUUUCAUGCAUGUCAGAUUAUAGGUUACGAGCCAGGUGGCUUUUAGGUUUGUUUGAGCUGUUUUUUUAGUUGGUCGAUGGUCUACAACAGACAGGUGUUGUUGUGUGUAUAUAAAACGUAUAGCAAAAACAUGAUAUACAAGACGGAUAGCACCUUCUGGAGAUCAGGAUGACAUUUUAUCCAAAAUGAAGUACAAACACCAUGAAUGAAAACAAAAAAAUACUAUUGUGCUAUAUGUAGUUUAAAUAGUGACUUUUAAUGAUGUAGAGUUUAAUCUAGUCUGAUUAUACACUGUAAACAAUCCUUUCGGAAAAAACUUGCAUGCCUCUGUAUAUACUAAGGUAGUCGGAGAAAAAAAGGUGAAUUGCAGUUAAGUUGUAAAGUACAUGUAGCCGAUGUUGCUCCUAGAAAUGAGGUUAAGGCCAUGUGACUCUAAUCUGUGUCUGUAUUUAUUUUGCUGCCAGGUUGGCUUGAAUUGUAUGUUUGUAUUAAAUGAGCUGCCAUUUGCUGUAAAUACUUCGAAAAAAAUUGUCAGGAUAUUAUAAUAAAAUGUUAUAUUACUUACAGAAAUCUACUUGUGUGGCAUUACACUGCUCAUGAAAAUAUGGAUUAAAUUAAAUAUAGUUGAUUGUGUAAAAGAUUGCUGUUCAUUGGCAUGCAUGAUAACAUACAUGUAGGGGCAAUCUUUGAUUAGGAUCAUAAUUGAUAAGCUGAUUGAAAUGUGAUGCAAUAGAAGUGCAUGUGUUGAGCUUGUUAUUUGAUGCUGGUUCAACACUGCAUAAAAACCAUAAAAGACCAAACUUUGCUUGUACCUAGUCUUAAACAUGCAAGAUUCUAAGUUUCAUUUGAAGAAUUUCAUUGGUUAUGUCAUUGCACAGUGGACGAUUGUCAAAUUCCUCAGUGAUGAUGACGGGCCUUCCAUGGCGGAGAGGUUCAGGUCGCUGUCUUGGAAUCAAUUGUCUUGUCAGUAGUGUUCUUUCGUUUAAAGAAGCCAUCCAGUUGGCUUAUGAAAGAUGUGUGGUUCUACCAAGAUGACCGUCAGUGCCUGAAAUGCUCUUAUUGGCACCUCAGGUCUUCUCCAAUGAAAAGCUGGAAAGUCGCCAAUGACCUAUAAUUGUGCCGGUUUGAUGUAAACACAAAUGUAGCAAAGUCACAUAAAAAUCCAAGUAGGCCCAAAUGUUGUCAUCAUUUUACAAAAAUUGCUUUCUGCUAUUUUCAGAAUUAUGUUCAUUUCAGAAAUUGAAACAUUUCAUCGCUUAUUUUUGUGAGCAGUGUAUUGCUAACAGUACCAUUUUCAAACGUAAAUCCUUCUGUACAUUGUACCAACUUGCAUUUCAGUUUUAUUGUGUUUUAGUCUUACCUGGUGUAUGUAGAUCAUAUGUCUUUUGUAUUAAGAUUGUAAAUAAAACAGUUGUUUUACCUUCGGAAAUUCAUUAAGAAUACUUGAGACUGUUGUUUUACCUUCAGAAAUUCAUUAAGAAUACUUGCAGAGACGGGCAUUUUUAUAAUUUUAAGAAGUACCUUAGAGCGAUCCAUUUUUAGUUCUCUGGUAUUUUUAUAAGUACUAAUGGAUAACAUAUGAAUGUGAAUGCAGGAUUAAAUGCUAAAGGAAAGUAUUUUAUUUGAUUUUAUAUAAACUUUUGGAAACGAAACAGUAAUACAGAAUGCCUUAAAAGACAUUUUAUCAGGUCUCGUCAAACGAAAUUGUAAUUAAACACAUUUUCCUUGUGUAAAAUGAAAUUAUUUGCAUGAAAAAUCUACUUUGAGUUUGAACAGUACCAUUGUUAUUUUAUGAACUUUAAAUGUAGUAUUUGUUUUUUAAUUUGAAGAUGAAAUAUAUGUUCUUAACCGUCUAUGGUGCGGUACAUUGAACAUGUUGUGUCUUGAAUGAAAUAAAAACAGAAGUGAAAAUAUGAA